UUGUCUGUAUGGAACAUUUCUGGGAUUGUUUAUUUUAGCUCAGCAAACAUGGGACCAACACUUUAAAUGUUGCGUUUAUAUUUUUGUUCAGUGUAGUUAGAAUAUUUGGGGAGGUGGUCGACCAGUUAAAAAAUAUUGAUUACGCCCACUACUACAUUGGCGUUGAAACUAUGCCACCCCCUAGAGGCUCAAGGUAAAAUGACUAGCUAAAAGAAAAUUAUGCCACUUGUUAAUCUCCCCCUACCUGUCUGUGCUGAUACCGCAGUUUGGGAACCACUGAUCUAAGGCAUGACUAUCAACCAAAUUUGGCAGGACAUUGCCCUCACUUUAAUAGUUGCUUAUAGGCCUACUUCACUGCUAUGGGCCAAACACUUUUUUCGUUUUCAGGAUAUCAACUUGAGGCAUUUUUAUGGCAUAUUUGAAAUACACUCAAGAGAUUCAAGGACUUUGGAGAUCCAGACAGCAACAGCAACGCGCUGUCUUUUCAGACGUGAUCAGCUUAUAAUCUGUUCACCUGAUGGGAUCAUGACUGUGGUGACCAGUACAAAAAUGACCUGGCCUCCAGUGAAUCCACGCAGUACUACCCUCUUGGACAGAACCUGUAAACCAAAAUUAACUGACGACUCAAGAGUUCUAUUUGAGUUUGGCUUGAACACAUGCAAUACCACGGUUAUGGUUGAAGACUCUUCUGUAGUGUAUGAAAACGAGAUCCUGUCUUAUAGGGAGCUCAUACUUGACAGCGCUUCUCUCAUCUCCAGGGAUUCUAAAUUCAGACUCACAGUGCGAUGCAUCUACCCACUUAGCUCAGUCAGUAGGCUGUUUGUGGACAGAACUUUUAGAUCUGAAAUGCCUGGAGUUGGCUCAAUCAAAUUGACAGGGAGCACCAAAGAUGGCGCAGCAAAUAAACCAGUGCCUGACUGUCUACAGCAAGUUCCCACCAACACUGAAAGUGUCCAGGUUAUGGGCACACAACCUUGUCCAAGCAAUCAUGAGGUGUCACAGACAGGAGGGCAUUAUAGUACCAACUAUGGAUCUUUAACAGCUGACAACACCCUGGAUCCUUCUCUCAGCCAAUACAGCGGUCUCCAAAGAAGUGGUGCCCCACAAUCAUCAGGCAAUGUACAAAGUGUUCUGAAUCACUAUGGACUUGUACAAGGUGGAGGUGCUUAUGGUACUGGCCAACACAAAUUAAGUGAUAAUGACACCCCAGCCAUAAACGUCUAUGAAUCCACCCAGAAUGUUAAUACUCCACAUCGAAAGGGUAUGGGAAUCAGGCCUGAAACUGAUAGAGGCAGCAGGCUCGGUGGAUAUGGGCAAUUUCCCAUCCACAGCCCUGUCCAGGGUGACGGGAUCAAAGAUAUCCCAGGCCACUAUAAGCCUACAUCUGCAAAGACGAUCAAGGUCCAAUCUAGUGUUCUCAAUCCUGUUCCCAGCCACUUAAACAGUACUCCUGGUGGCAGCACUCAAAAUGCACAGCAACAUUUGAGACCUCAACCUAUCUAUGAGAGUAAGAGACCAAGCAACUCUGCCCAACAUGAGACGUACAAUGCUGUACAAUCAGCAAAGUUGCGCAAACCAGCCACAAGCCAUCAUGCAACUGUGCAAACGGUGAAUAAUAAGCCCACUUUAAGUGACCCCACUGCACAAAGUGGCAGCACACCGCAGCAUUCUGGAGGUAAUGUCCUCUCUGGCUUAAGACGCUAUAGCCAAUAUGGUGUUUUGCAAAGUUCUGAUGGCAUAUCUAUCCCCCAGCAAUAUGUCAAGCCAGCCAGUGAACAAUAUACUCCUGACACUGUUAAGACCCCAAGACACUAUGACACUCCAAGCAAGGUAAACCCUUUCCUUGAUUCCUAUAUUUACCAGAAUACUAAAGUACAACCUGGUUCCAACUACAACACAGAUGCCCAGCGUUUUGGUGUGAAACAAGUCCUUCCUGCUAAUGUGUAUGGUUCUUCUCAAGUAAGUAACAGCUUCCAGCAAGUCCUCAGUCACAAGGUCCCACUAGGUGACCGUGCCCAAGGUACCUCAAGUUAUGUGAAACCUGCUUCCGGAGACAACUUUGUUGUCCAAUGUGUAGAUCGUCAACCUACCACCAGCAAAGUCCCUGAAUACAGCACGUAUGGGGAUAGCCAAAGUGGUUUAUCUCAAGUUCCUGGUCAUGAUGGUCUCGGCCAUGAUGAAACCUCCUUUGGAGAAGUGAAGCCCACCAAAGCUCAAUUGGCACCAAUUAAGAUGCUUGUACCUAGGCAACUUUCUGUAAACAACUAUGGACCUAGCAAGGGACAAUACACCAAGCCAGCUUCUGGCCAUUAUGGAUCCUCAGUUGGCAGGACUGAAAUUGUCUACAGUGGUGCAAAACCUAACACGGACUAUUACAACACAGCACAGGGCACAGUCUACCAAGCUUCAGACAAUGUCCAGUCUACCCCUCAUUGCUAUCAGUUCCCAUUUGUGAAGGCUAUCACUCAACCUAACCCCAGCAAUACAAAACCUGUUCACUCUGGUAUAUGCCAAAGCCACAAACUUCAUAAUAGUGCAGCCUCUAGCUUCUAUGGAACCAGCCAGGACAAAAAUGAUGUCCCUGUGGCUAGCAAGUAUGACGCUUCCAAAAGCAAUCAUGUCCAACCAGCUUCUAACCAGUAUGUGGGAACGCAAACCAGCAUUGUUACACCUGGUCCGUACAGUGGAACUCUGCAGAAACUAGCUACUAGCCUGCAUGCUGCCUCUCAACCACAUAAUGUCCAACCCACUACUAGCCGGUAUGGUGCUACUCAACACAUUGCAAUCAAACCUGCCCUUAGCCAACAUCAAGUUUCACAAAGUGAUAGAGUUAAACAUGCUACUAGCAAGUAUGUAACCCUUCAACACCACAGCAUCCAAGUUCCUGGCCAGGAUGUUUCUCAAAGCAGUAGUGCUAAACCUGCCACAAGCACAUCUCAUUCGGUGCCUAGCCAGUAUGAUGGUUCUCAAAGCAGCAGAGUUGCCCAAGCCCCUAUUGGGACUAUUCUUUUUCACCAGAACAUCAUACAUCAUACUUCUAACCAGGACAGGGGUCCACAAAGUGUCAGAGUUAAACCUGCUCCUACUCAAAGUAAUGUCAACCAACAAGCUACUAGCCAGUAUGGAGGUUCACAAAGCUACAGAGUUGAGCCAGCACCACCACAACAGAUCAGGAUCCAACCUGCCACCAGUGGCAUAAGGGAAACCUCUCCCGGUCAGUCUGCUUCUCGUCUAAACAUUGACCAACAAGCUCCAAGCGUGUAUGGAGGUUCACAAAGCCACAGAAGAACUCCAGCUCCUAGCAAGUAUGGUGCUUCUACUGUUCAGUAUGCAGCAAAAGGACAAGAGCGAAAUCCGUUUGCAGUCAUAAGUGGUAGCAAUGUUGAUACUGACGGAUCGGAUCCUUGUGAGGAAUGUUCCCUGGGCAACUCGGGAAGAAAUUCAAACUUCAUAAAAGUUAGCAGUGGAGGCCAGCCUAUGGUUUCUCAAGACACUGGUGCCCAAGACAAUCCCAGCUGUGUCAGUCCUAUUUAUCGUUUGUUCAACCAAGGGUCAGCCCAAAAUGGUAUUGCCCAAUCAGUGGAAAAGCAACAGAACUUUGCCCAGAGCCACAUUGUCCAGGAUCCACCCAGCCAUUUCCAACCAACAUCUCAGGGUGGGAAAAUAAAUGGCCAACCUGACCCCAUUCAUGGUACCACUUCUAAAUUCCAUCAGCCUGUGCAGCAUGGUGGUCAUCUUCAAGCAUUAAACAGAGGUGAAACUACACUAGGCCACCAUGGGUCUGCACAGCUUACCAGUGCCCAGCUGUCACCCAGCCAAGUAAAACCAGCUUCCAGCCAUUAUCGUAAAUACCAAGAUGGUUUCAGCAAGAAUGCUUAUGGAGCUGUCCAACCAGCCAAUGGUGCCUAUGAGAUCACCCAGGGCAGCAAUGGCCAACCUAAUCGUAGACAACAUGGGUCACCUUUAAGCUUCUAUAGAGCUGUUCAAGUUAGUGCUAAGAAACCUUUAUCAAUGACCAGUGUUCAAUCCCCAACAUACGGGGUUGUACAAACAGGCAAUAUCCAACGAGACAGAAACCCCAACGCUCCUAGUCAGUAUGGAGCAAACUGUCUUGGUUGUGGACAAACUCUUUCAGAUCACCAUGGGUACUUAUCUAGCCUCAAAGGCACCCAAGGUGGAGCUGAGAAUAAUCCCAACAACUUGAACUACAUCUCUGCAGAAAAAGGAAAAGCUACAUACCUGCUCAAAGUCAUCAGUGGUAACUAUAUUGAUGCUGAAGGAUCACAUGAAAACAGUCCUGACAACUCUGGGCCAAGUUCAAAUAACCCUCUAAACCCCAGGAGCAGUGACCCAGGCCGCUAUGGUGGUAGUGUGCAUGAAGGCAUCUUGAGAGGUAGGCAAUCCUGUCCUAUAAUUAUCAUAAUGAAACCCUAGACUAGAGCGGUGAUUGCUUAUCUUAUUUUCUCAAGUAGUUUGCUUUGACAAUGUGCCUGUGUAGCCAUAAUUUCUGGAUAAUAGAAAAUGUAGAUGCUUUAACAUGUAAUUUUUAUUUCCUCAGGUAAGCGUGGCCAAAGAAAUUAAAAAGCCAAUGUGAGCUGAGCACCUUGGAACAUCACUCAUGUAACUUGUCAAUUGUUCCUCUAGGAUAAUGUUGCUAACUGGGGAAUCUUCCAUGCCUAUCAAGACCUAUUGCAAUAUAUUUCUAUUUCAGAUAUUACGGUGUUGGAGUGAUUUUAGUCUAACCUUUAAAUUUAACCUUGUCUAUUCAAGUGCUGUUUUCGAUUGGAACGUUAACUGUAGCCCACUGACUGGGUUCAUAAGCUGCAUGGUUCUAGGACAAAUUUUUACUAUAUUAUCGGUAAAGUAAUGAGCUAAUUCUUACUAUUCAGUCAAAAAUAAGCAUCAUACAAAGAAUAUAAAUAAGUUGGUAAUUUAAGAUGAAAAAAACAUUUUAAUGAACUUCUGGAUCAGACUUGUUUAAAGGCUCACUCUGUGAAUGUACGUGUGUGUAACAUUACAGCCAUCUCAAAUAAAAAUGUA